CCUCAGGCAUUCAACACAUCCUGCUGUCAAGGAUGUAGUGUGUCUGUGUGUGCUUGAAUGUUGCCGUUAUGAUCGUUGAUCUUUCCCUGUCUCAACAUGCCUGCAGCGAUGCAACUCAUUGUACUGGUGUCCCUGUUUGCGGUGACAGCCUGUAGAGCUCAACCACCAGCUUCAGCCACAAAUGCUGAGCACCACACUAAUCUGACUGUGAGAACGAAAAAUGAUGUCAUUUCAUCUACUGUGAAAACCACCAACACAUCACAGCAAACUACCCCACACCAGAUAAGCACAACAGUCACUUCAGAAAAAAUGUCAUCAUCACCACCACUAUCCUCCACGUCCCCACAAACACCCAGCAAGACAAAGGAAACCAACCCCAGCCGUCCUCCUGAGACUACAAAGACCAACAAGACGUUGGACGAGACAGUUUCCCCGAGAUCAACACCCCCACAGGCGUCAGGAUCACCAAACGUCACUGCAACCACCACCGUGAACACAACAAGUCCAGCUCUUUCACAUGACCAAGGAAAAGGUGACUUGGCAACAAAUCCCGGCCUUGUGGCCAUCAUCUGCAUCUUUUGUAUUAUCCUUGGCCUCGUGCUGGUGGUGGCGUCAGUGAAAUGUGUCCGAUCAUCAAGAUCCAACUUUGAGAGGCUUGACGAUGUACCGAUGGGCAAAGUCAAUGAACACUCUCCUUUCGCCCAGUACACAAAAUGACAGAGGAGUCUUCAUCAGACGCCAAAGUCCAGGAGGAGUCAGGUCUGCUUGUACGAGCCUGAUGUUUCUGAACACAAAAAAACCCAAACGUCUUCCACACAAGCAGUGACUCCAACUUUAGGUGCACAAGAAAAAGACAGCUUUUAUUGUUUCCUCUCAGGCUCUUAUUUCUUUACAAGGCACUUUUGUCAGUGACAAUGAAUAUUUCUGCCUCAGCUUUGACCUUUGAUCUAUUAAUCUGGCUGCUUGUAAUUCUGCUGAUUUUGGCUCUGAAGUUUAUUUCUCUGUAGUUUCUUCAGCCUAAAAGGUACAAAUGUAGAUAUAAUGUUCCCCAGAUUGGUCCUAUAUGUCCUCGUAAGCACUUAAAAUGAAUAAUUGCACUCUUACAUGUAACAAGUGAUGUUAUAAGUACACUAUACAGUAAAUUUUAUGUUUCCAUAAAUAUUUUAUGAUAUGCACACUUGCAGAUUUUUGUUGUCAAGGAAAAUGGAAGGUGUAUUUCCACCGUUGAAAGUGUAUGAAAAAGUAAUGCUAUCUGCGUGUGCAAACGCCUUUUUGGGCAAUUCAAAUAAUUUGUAUCAUAUAAUUUACUGCCAAAUAUGGCAUAUAAAUAAUGUCUUCUCUGGCCUGAGACCUCCACUGCAGAUUGUAGUUUAAGUCCUACAAACAGUCUGAGACAGAAAUAAACUGAUUGCUUGAAUUAUAUUUGUAUGGAGGCAAGUGAGGGGAAAGUGAGGGGAAAAAAAUCUAUUUUCUAAGUCAGCUCUGAAUUGUUUUCUCUCCUAUGUUUAUAACUAAAGAAGAGGUUGAAAAAAAGUUUUGCAAGGAUAAUCUUUCUAAAGUUCCUUAAUUGUUUUUUCAUCUGUGAUACUUUAAAAAGUGAUUUUUGUCUUUUUAUCAAGAAAAACAGGAUGGCUUCCAACCCCAGUCUCCUAGUUGACCCACUCAUCCACCACAAGCUGCUUGAUAUGUGGACUUCAUUGCUCAUUAUGCUACCUCACCUGACUUCCUCAAGCUUUUCAGAAAAAGAAAGAGUAAUGUUAAAUAAUUUGCUAAUAUGAAUAUAUAUAUAUAUAUAUAUAUAUAUAUAUAUAUAUACACACACACACUGUAAACCACUACCCUCUAUAUAUGAGGGUAGUGGUUCACUUCAGCCUCUUGUGGCUGAAAUGAGUAUUACAACCAACAACAACCUUUUUUUUACCUGCCAAAACCUUUUUUCACGUGCUUUCCCAGAUGGAAAAAAUUAAGGAACCUUAGAAAGAUUAUCCAGACAAAACAUUUUUUACUUGUUCUUUAGCCAUAAACACUCAUUCAUUCUAACCUCCAAUACAUACACCUCUCCUUAUUGAUGACACACAGACUUCUUCCAGUCAAGGAUAAAAUACUAUAACUAGUUUCAUCUUUCAUACUUUUUUUAAUCAGUUAGUUUUACGAAGUGUUUAUGCUCAGGGAUUGCCGUAAAUCCAUGCUUUUCACCCCAGCCUCUUCUGCGGGCAUUAUAGACUUGCUGUCAGACAGAUGUAAAGUACAUAAUUGUGAUGUUUUCAAUAAAAUAAAAUGAAUAUUACCAAAACA